GGAGUCCCGUAUGUUUCAAAAGCGAGUGAUCCUGUGGAGCUGGAUUGUCGUCGGCUUCUUAACGACAUUCAGGUCCACUAUGUCCGAAGAAGACCUGGUUUCAGUGGAUUAUGAAAUAUUUGGCAGAGUGCAAGGUGUAUUUUUUCGGAAAUACACUCAAGCAGAAGGGAAGAAGCUUGGCCUGGUGGGAUGGGUCCAAAACACAGGCGCAGGAACCGUUCAGGGGCAGCUUCAAGGCCCGCGCAGCAAGGUGACACAAAUGCAAGAAUGGCUGAAAUCCACCGGGAGCCCACAGUCACGCAUAAUCAAGGCAGAGUUCAUGAACGAGAAGACAGUGGAUAGCCUUGAACACUCAUCUUUUAAAGUAGUAAAAUAAAAUUACCCCGAGAUUGUGCCUGUAAUAGCCUGCUAACUUUGACACAGAUGGUUUAUUUAUUUAGUAUUUUUAUUUGGUUGGAAUGCAGCUAAAGUAUAGAAACUGAAAAGAUGUGUUGAUGUUACAUAUCCUUAACAUCUACAAUAUAUGGAAUUAGAUUAAUAAAUGGAAACUCUUUUCAGCUGCC